AUGGCUUUCCCUGAAGGAUUUGGAUGGGGGGCGUCCACUGCAGCUUAUCAAGUGGAAGGAGGCUGGGAUGCAGAUGGAAAAGGCCCUAGUGUCUGGGACACAUUCACCCAUCAGGGAGGAGAGAGAGUUUUCCAGAACCAGACUGGCGAUGUAGCUUGUGGCAGCUACACUCUGUGGGAGGAAGAUUUGAAAUGUAUCAAACAGCUUGGAUUGACUCAUUACCGCUUCUCUCUUUCCUGGUCACGUCUGUUACCUGAUGGGACGACAGGUUUCAUCAACCAGAAAGGAAUAGACUAUUACAACAAGAUCAUUGAUGAUUUGUUAACUAAUGGGGUCAUACCCAUAGUGACACUCUACCACUUUGACUUGCCUCAGGCCUUAGAAGACAAAGGAGGUUGGUUGUCAGAGGCAAUCAUCGAAUCCUUUGACAAAUACGCCCGGUUUUGCUUCAGUACGUUUGGAGAUCGAGUCAAGCAGUGGAUCACCAUAAAUGAGCCUAAUAUUCUUGCCAUCAUGGCGUAUGAUCUCGGUGUAUUUCCUCCUGGUGUACCUCACUUUGGAACUGGAGGUUAUCAGGCAGCUCAUAAUUUGAUCAAAGCUCACGCCAAAUCCUGGCACAGCUACGAUUCUUUAUUCCGAAAGGAGCAGAAGGGCAUGGUGUCCCUAGGAAUUUUUGCUGGCUGGGCAGAACCAGCAGAUACCAACUCAGUGUCCGACCAGGAAGCUGCUAAAAGAGCCAUUGCUUUCUGCUUGGAUUUCUUUGCUAAACCCAUAUUUAUUGACGGUGAUUAUCCAGAAGUUGUCAAGUCCCAGAUUGCCUUCAUGAGUAAAAAGCAAGGCUAUCCAUCAUCAAGGCUUCCAAAAUUUACAGAAGAAGAGAAGAGAAUGAUUAAAGGCACAGCUGAUUUCUUUGCUGUGCAAUAUUAUACAAGUCGUUUAGUCAAGUACCAGGAGAACAAGAAAGAAGAAGUGGGUUUUCUUCAGGAUGUGGAGCUUCAAGUUUUUCCAGACCCAUCUUGGAAAAGGUUGGAUUGGGUCUAUGUGGUGCCAUGGGGAAUACGUAAACUACUGAAAUAUAUUAAGGAUACGUAUAAUAACCCUGUAAUUUACAUCACUGAGAACGGGUUUCCCCAGGGUGACCCUGCAUCUCUUGAUGACACUCAGCGCUGGGAGUAUUUCAGACAGACGUUUCAGGAACUGUUCAAAGCUAUCCAGCUUGAUAAAAUCAAUCUUAAAUUAUAUUGUGCAUGGUCUCUUCUGGAUAACUUUGAGUGGACCCAAGGGUACAGUAGCCGGUUUGGUCUCUUCCACGUUGAUUUUGAGGAUCCUGCUAGACCUCGAGUCCCUUACACAUCAGCCAAGGAGUAUGCCAAGAUCAUCCGAAAUAAUGGACUAAAGGAAAGUCUAUAAAA